UAGAUGUAAAACUUGUCCUCUGUGUAUAGUCUACAAAUAUUACAAGUCAAUUUUGUUCAGACCAUUUUUAUCAACAGAAAUGUCAAUAUAAACAUCACAUUAACAAAUAUCAAUAUUUGAAGUUGUUGAAGGUUUGAAGAAGUAGCCAGAAAACCGUAUUUAAAGUAUAUUAUAUACUGUUGAAGUGUUUUAUUUUCUCUUUGGAUAAUAUCGUGGUAGGCCAGUGAAUUUAUAACUUUUGGAUUAAAUAUUUGUAAGAUUGGUGAUCAUAAAAUAAUUAUGGUUCCUGGAUAAUGUUUUAUGUUGAGAUAAACUGAAAAAUAGUGAAAAAUGCCUUUUCUAAAACAUAACAGGUUAACAUCUGCUGUCUAAGUGGGUCAUCAUGAGUAACAAGGAUUCGGAGGAUUAUCCCUCUGAUGGAGAUACGACUGCACGGGGAGCUGAUGAUGAUAGUAGCAGUAGUUCUAGUGAUGACAGUGAGGGAGAGGAAGGGGAGGAUUCAGGAUAUGAUAAUGGUGGAGGACAGGCGACCCUAUCCUUGAUGGAUGGAGCUUCUACACUCAUACAACAGUUUCCAGAAGAUGAGGAUGAUGAAGGAGAAGCUGACAUAGACACAGGAAUUAGUACGCAAGCUGACACAGAAGCCGAGGUAGACAAACAAUUAGAAGAAGAAAAGAAAGAAUUAGAGAAAAAAGUGAAAAAGAAAAAGAAACGGAAGAAAAUCUACUAUAUUUGUCUGACAAAUUGCAAGUAUGAAGUUGUACGAAAGAUGUCCAAGCGGUUUGGAUUCAAGGAAGUAUCUGAUGACGAUGAAUGGACAUUGUACUGGACAGACUAUUCUGUGGCAUUGGAGAGAGUUAUGGAAAUGAAAAAAUAUCAGAAAAUAAAUCAUUUUCCUGGAAUGAGUGAGAUAUGUAGGAAAGACAUGUUAGCCAGAAACUUAAACAGAAUGCUCAAGAUGUACCCUAAAGAAUAUAACAUAUUUCCUAAAACAUGGUGCCUACCUGCAGACUAUGGAGAUUUCCAAGCCUACACACGACAGAAGAAAAAUAAGACAUAUAUACUGAAACCUGAGACUGGCUGUCAGGGGAAGGGAAUCUGGGUGACAAAAAAUCCUAAAGAAAUCAAACCACACGAGCACAUGAUUUGUCAACAGUAUAUGCCAAAGCCAUUUCUGAUUGACCAUUUCAAGUUUGACUUCAGACUGUAUGUUUUAGUGACUUCAUGUGAUCCAUUCAGAAUUUUUCUGUUUAAUGAUGGUUUAGCUAGAUUUGCCACAAACAAAUAUGUAGAACCCAGUCAUAAUAAUAUAGAUAAUGUUUUCAUGCAUUUAACAAAUUAUGCCAUAAAUAAACAUAGUGAGGACUUUGUCAGGGAUGAUGAGGCUGGAAGUAAAAGGAGAAUUAGUACAAUAAAUAGAUUUUUGAAGGACAAAGGCUAUGACAUUGAUAAGAUGUGGACAGAAAUAGACGAUGUUGUGAUAAAAACUUUAAUUUCUGCUCAUUCUAUACUCAAACAUAACUACCGCACAUGCUUUCCUAAUCAUGUCAAAGGCAGCGCUUGUUUUGAAAUCUUAGGAUUUGACAUACUGCUGGAUAGGAAGCUUAGACCACAAGUUUUAGAGGUCAAUCACUCACCCAGUUUUAAUACAGAUUCAGAACUGGAUAGAGAAAUUAAAGGUGCUUUAGUCGUGGACUCUUUAAAUUUAGUCAAUUUUGGUGCUUGUGAUAGAAGAAAGUGUAUAGAGGAGGAGAAAAAGAGAAUAAAAGACAGAUUAAUGGGAAGAGGGACAAAGAAGGAAUCGAAAGAAGAAUUAGAACUUGCCCAGAACCAAUACCAAGAGUAUUUAGAGAGAUAUGAGAACAAUCAUAUGGGAAACUUUAGAAGGAUAUAUCCAGCUCCAGGAUCAGAGAAAUAUGAGAAAUUCUUCCAUAGUAGUGGUACUCUCUUCCAAGAAACUGCAGCUUUCAAAGCCAGAAGUGAAAUGGCCAGGCAACAGAGAGAUGAAAUUGCCAGAAAGAAAGAAAAGUUGGAAUCUAUGUUAAAGGGAAAGAAAAGUCAGCAAUCUGUUAGACCAGAAAGUCCAAAUAGUAGACGACGAAGGUCACUAAAGAGAACCACCAUGCCCUCUCGGAGGCUCUCAGGUUCUAGGAAUAGUUGUAGUGAGACCUUAGGUAGUGAGUCUGACCGACGAUUACAUGAUCAGCCAGUGGAUACCAGUAAACCAAUGGACAUCCUAGAGGAGGAAGAAUUGGAGAGAAUCAGUGGUCUGUUACAACGUGAUAACCUAGUCCGAGGUCUGGGUAUAGUGGAACAUGUGUAUCGUCUCCUCCAUUGUACACCAGGAACUAUGGGAGUAAUGAAGACAGAUUCAAGACCUUUACCUCCACCCUUGGUAGCCAGUACAAAAAAUUCUCGACCUCAGACACAGCCUCCAUAUGGUGAAAUGAGUUUGAUGUCAUUUCUAAAGGAUAAUCACAGAUGGCUCUGUGCCAAUCGGCAAAAUGAAUCAAUCCUUGCCGGGCAACGAGCCCCCAUCAGAAUAAAAGAUCGUCAAUAUUACAAAAAGUUACUGGAUCGCUACUUUGGACAUAACCAUGCUUUAGCCAAUGAAAACAUCACUAAGACUGAAAAGAAUGCAAGUAGAUCAGGUCAUAAUCGAUAUGGAAAUAAUUAUGAUAGCAGUGUGUUCUUCCAUGCAAGGGAAGAUCCCAACAGACAGUUUCCUCAGGUGCGUCUAUCUUAUAGCACCAAUGAUAGAAAGGUUGUUUUAACACAUCAGCCCUUCACUCAAGAUGAUAUUGAAAAUGAAGAGCUGUUUGAUUUGGAGAGUGGUCGUGAAGCGGAUCUAACACGCCGGGCACACAACCACCUUCAUCAUGAUCAUUCUUUAUCAUCUGCACUCACCAAUUCCAUGCAUACCCUACUCACUAAUAAUGUCAAUAAUUCUAUAUCAUCUAUCAAUCAGCCUAACUACAAUUCUGGACGAGUUUCUACGUGGCAGGGCAAGUCUGGAAGUUUAAGUAACCUGAAUGAGAAAACAGUUCCAUCAUAUCAGAGAAAUAAGUUUGUAAAGAAACCUUUAGGAGGAAAUCCAAGGUCAAACUCAGGUGCCCUUGUCAUUCAAGAAUCUGAGUUCAGAAACAAUUUAUCACACCUGUUAGACACUGAAGCUGAGAGAAACAGGAUAUUAGCCAGGAAUGGCUACUCCUCUGACUGGAGAUCAGAUGUAGCGACGCCCAACAGUAAACGGACAUUGAGUGCCCAGGGGCAGAGGAAAGACGGAGGUUGGCGUUACAUUGCACACAACUCAAACUACCCACUUUGGCAGUAUCAUUUAGAUAAUAUCACGUCAAAACCACCCUUGGAGCUACCGAGCGUAAACCUACCAAGAGUCGCACCCAAUAAUGGUCCGCCGGGUUUAUCAGUGGUCUCGGCCCCUGCCCCCGUAGUACAGAGACCUGAUCUUGGACAUCCUGGAUCGGCCACCCCUGGAAGUAAUAUAAGUCGGAUAGGAUCUCAACAAUCUAUAUCAGAAGGUCAGAACUCUGCCUCUCUCAGAUCCACCAAGUCACAACGUAUCAGAGGAGCUUCUAAUAAUCUCCGUAUACGUCAAAUAGAACUGAGAGAGAACCAUGCCACCGUACUCAGCUGACAGAACUGUUAAAUGCCACCGUACUCAGCUGACAGAACUGUUAAAGCCAUAACACCUAGGUAUAUAUGUGGCAUGCCUGCAUCAGACCCAGUUAGCUAUCAAACUCUCUGAUAUAUUGUUGAUAUUCAAGUGUGGGUGCAGAGAAAAGGUUAGACAAUUUGCUGAACUGUGACAUUGACCCUUACAAAAAUCUCUAAUUAAUAGCAGAGUACUAUAAGUUACAAGUUAAAUAGAAGGAACAAUUGUGAACAGAGACAAAAAGAAUAUGUAAAAAUAUUACAAGAUACAGAAUUAUUAUUAGUAUGGUAUAUGUAUUGAAGGACUUUAUUUGCAUGUCAAAUUCAGCACAUUGUCUAAACAGGGUUAUAUAAAGUAGGCACUGGUCCUGACAGUCUGGACAACAAGUCAGGACAACAAGUGUGCAAUCAGACCAAUUAUUCCGUCCAUAUUUUCUGAAUUUUCUGUGAUAGGGUAAAUAAUGUGAUAUUGAUACACAAAUUGUUAUUUUUGUCAUUUCUAUUUAUAACAUGUAUUUUCAUAAUGAAUAUUGUUGCAGACAUUUCAUCUAUAAUUAUUGGUCAGAAUUUUGUCAUUACUUCAAAAGUUUGAAAUGUUUAGCAUAUUAAGUUUUAUUUUAUUUAAAAUUGACAUUUUUCAUUUUAUCUUUGCAAGUGAUCAGGUUUUGGGUAUUAUGAUUCAUUACAGUAAAGGCUUUCUUUCACAAUUUUUUGUCAGCCAACAAAUUCACCAUUUUAUUAUAUCUCCUCAAAGUGGGUGCUACGCCUGCUGUUUUAGUGAUAUUAAUGUUAACAAUUAAUUAAAGUUUAUAGUGAUUAGGAACUGUUAAUUAAAGGCCAAUGAUAUUUUUUAAGUACAAGUUAAAUAUAGAAAUGUGUGCAUCUCAUUUCAAAGGGCAUCGAAUGUGCCCCCUCUCCCGAGUCAUACAUAGAUAACCUUGUUCAGUUUGUAAACACAUCUGUUGAAGGGGUCUUCUAAUGCUAAUGUUAAGCCAAAGAUAUUUGAUAUAUAGUUGUAUUGGCAUUAGCAUAUCUCAUUCCAAUGAAGAUUAUAUGUGCCCCUUCAGUCAUGGUUCAUUGAUUUGAAACUUUUGCUAAGUAAAAAUAUGUAAAUAGUUCAGAUUGAAGAGAGCCACUUUGGAAAAGUCAAUGUUUAAGUUGGUGUUUUUUUCUCAUUUGUAUCAUAAUCCAUGAGUAUUUUAGAAUGUGUACGGUGCCUUCAAUAUAAGACAGUGCUAAAGGAUCCAUUUCAGUCAUAAUUUGACUUUAGCAGGGACUGAAUUAAUAUUUGUUUUAUAUGAAACAAAUACCAAUAUUGUUCAAAUGUAUUAAAAAAAGUGUUGAACAAAAUUACACAGAAAUAUUAUUGCAUUUCAUAUACAAAUCUUAGAAUGAAUGCAUUCACAGUUUUAAAAACUUAACAUGUUUUGUUGUCUGCUUUAUUAUGUAUAUGUAUAAUUUAUGGUAUUUAUUUUUUAUGUUACACAUUUUUAUACAUUCUUGAUCUGUGAUAUGUUUUAUUGCUGUGCCUUCAUCUAUGUUAAACACAUUUUUCUGUGUAGUCUGUUUCAUGUGCCAAAUCUGUACUUUAUCCUUAUUUAUGUCUUUUUAUCAAUUUUAAUAUUGAUAUUGAAAAUUCUUUUCUUUUAAUGUAUUUUUAAGUUUUUAAUUAGCAGUUUGGCAAUUUUAAUCAUUUGCAUCCUUAUCAUUAACUAUAUAUAAAAGCUGAUGAGCAUAAUGACUGGUCUUUGUACGGCUUUGAAAUUGAAUAAAGAAAUGAAUAUAAUUUCUUUCACAAUGCUUAUUUAAAUUUGUAAGAAUUUUAAAAGCAAAUUUUGAAUUCUUCUUUAUUUAAUUACACAUCUUUUGGUUUUUACUGUCAUAGAAAAAUUUAGUAGGUUCAAAGUCAUAUUUAUUCAAUGUAUUUCUUUAUUAUAGUUCUGCCUGUCUGUAUCUUUUGUUUAUCAGUUAGUGUUGAUAGUCUUGCCUCUAGGUGUUUCACCAUUUAUUGGCAAUAUUUAUUAUUUAACAGUCACUAAGUCUGAUUAUAACAAGCACCUUACAUACCAGUAUUUAUCUUCUAAAAUUCAUAAUAAUUUCAUCAAAUUUAGCUCUUCAUAAUAUUUCAUAUGUUUAUGAAAUUUGACUGAAUUGAGCUUAAAAGUUAUUAAGAUGUAAUUUAUAUUUAUCCUCAAUUGAAAGAUACAUUUUUGAUAGGUACAUUUCUUUUUAGUAAUUCAGGAAAUUUUAUCUCAAGUUUUGAAACACCUCACAUUAUUACCAUGCUAAGAUAAACAAUUGGUAUUAUAAUUAUCAGAUUUAUGGGUUUCUUUUUUGAUUAAAACUUGAAGAUUACCAGCUACACAUAUAGAAGAACAUCCAUCUGUUCAUAUGUUUUUAUUAAGUUGAUGAAGAUUGUCAUAUUAUCAGUAUUAUGUUAGGUAUGUGAUUGUUGUUUGUUCAGUGAGAGAGACAACAUUGUGAUGUAACUUGAUUGUACAUAUCAUAAAAAGGUUACAGAAUUGUAGACAAUAUAUAUUUAAUAAUUAAAAUAAUUUAUCUUCUAA